AUGCUGCCGCACCCGCCUCUCUACCAGCGAAAUCAACGUCAGCCUGCAGUUCGGCAAUUAGGUUUCCUUACUGAGACGUUCAGCAAGAUGCCUCAGUACAUGUGUGCUUCGCCUGCUACCUUGCUGAAGCGUGCAGCUGCGCGGCAAUGGAUCCCUCAACGGCUCUUCGAGCCCGGAGAUAAAGUGCAGACAUUUGACAAGACGAAGGGGGAGUGGAUAUCGGGCGUCAUCGCUGUUAACCACGACCCUCCCAGCUUCUGUGAGGAAAAGGGUUGCUGGGAAUACCCAGUAAUUAUGGAUAGAGCCACCAGGCAGUGUCGCCACCUGAUCUGGUUCGAAGAGAAGGAGCUCAUGGAAUAUACCUGA